AUGGCCGAGUCAGUCCUCUCUCGCCGGGCUCAAAAUCUCGUCGAUGCAGGAUCGGAUAACCCAAUGUGGGACGUGAUGAGAGAUAUGUGGUGCCCAACAACGAACCCAAAUGGGUAUGUCAAUGUGGGCGUCGCCGAAAACACAAUGAUGCAUGACGAGCUAUUGAAGUUCAUCAAUAAAAAGCUUGAGCUACCGUCUAAGUAUCUCACAUACAAUGACGGUGGAGCCGGCUCUUCCAGAUUGAAGGCGGCGAUCGCUGCAUUUCUGAACCGCCAUCUGAACCCCGUCACGCCUCUUGAACCCAGCCAUGUCAUGGCAACAAAUGGAGUUUCUUCUGCAGUUGAGCAUGUUGCAUGGUCAUUCGCGGAUCCUGGCGAAGGAAUCCUCCUGGGAAGACCGUACUACGGCAUGUUCAUACCUGAUAUCUCACUGCGGUCAGGGAGUCCCGUGGUUCCCGUCAGUUUUGAUGAACACGACCCACUGGGCCUGGAGGCCGUGGAUAAAUACGAAGAAGCAUUGCUGGCAUUCCAGCAAACCACUGGAAAGAAAGUCAAGGCUCUGAUGCUUGCCCAUCCUCACAAUCCACUCGGACGCUGUUAUCCCAGAGAGGUACUCAUCAAACUGAUGAAGUUCUGCCAGAAGUACCAAGUCCAUUUCAUCAGUGACGAAAUCUAUGCUCUCUCUACCUUUGAGAAUACUGUUGAUAAACACCCACCGCCAGCCAAAUUCGAAUCUGCAUUGUCUAUCGACCCGACUGGCAUUAUUGACCCCCGUCUGGUUCAUGUCCUGUGGGGUAUGAGUAAAGACUUUGGCGCAAAUGGAAUCCGACUCGGAGUCAUUAUUUCCCAGGCCAAUCCUGCCGUUCAUCAAGCGUUGACGAGCGUUGCACUUUAUUCCUAUGCUUCAGGACUCACUGAUUACAUCACAUCUCUGCUACUUGAGGACUUCGAGUUCACAGACUGGUACAUUCAGGAAAAUCGGAAGAAGCUGUCAGACGCCUACACAUACACGGUGAACCGUCUUAACGAUCACGGGAUUGAAUAUGCAACAGGAUGCAAUGCUGCAUUCUUUGUCUGGAUGAAUCUGGGAAAGAAAUACAGCGAAUUGCACCCCGAGGAUAAAUGUGAAGAUGUUGGGGACGCAGUCAUGAAGCGCCUCUUGCAAAAGAAAGUGUUUUUGGCGAGUGGCCUUCUUUUCGGAUCAGAAAAGAAUGGAUGGUUCCGAAUUGUUUUCACGCAGGGUCAUGACUAUUUGAGCGUGGCUUUGGAGAGGAUAAUUGCAGCACUAGAGGAAUAG